CGGCUCCCUGAGCCCCGCCCGCCCGCCGCAGCUGCUCCGGAGCCUCCCAAGGCUACUGGCUGGCGGCGGCUUCAUUGUGGUCCGCAUCCUCUGUGGGUCUCGGACCCCGCUCUUGUGGUGGAACCCACGGUGGGACAGCUGUGCCUGGCCCCUUCCUGGAAGAAGCUCUGUGAUGUGCAGAUUCUGAGUGCCAAAGCCACAAGACUGUUUCCAGGAAUCCAUCGGCAUCAGGACCAGGAUGGAAGAGCCGGCACCCGUAGAAGGCGAGAGCCAGCUGCCGAGCCCCCAGCAAGGUUCUCUGAAGAAGGCCGUGGCGGCCGCCCUGAUUCUGGAUGGGGAAUCCACUGUGAGUCGCAGGAAAAAGAAGAGGAAAGAAUCCCGCCCAGAAUCCAUUAUCAUCUACCGGUCAGACAAUGAGCUGGACGAGGAGCCAGAGGAAUCCGAAGGUGGAGACCAACCCAAAGGGGAGGAAGGUGACGAUUUCCUAGAUUACCCCGUGGAUGAUGAUAUGUGGAACAUCCCCUUGGACAGCCGCUAUGUGACCUUGACGGGGACCAUCACGCGAGGGAAGAAGAAAGGUCAGCUGGUGGACAUCCACGUCACGUUGACGGAGAAAGAGCUGCAGGAGUUGACGAAGCCCAAAGAGUGUUCUCGGGAGACUGCCCCCGAAGGCCAAACGGCCUGCCAGAUGGCGGCAGACCGGGGCCCCCACGUGGUCCUGUGGACACUGGUCUGCCUGCCCGUGGUUUUCCUCCUGUCUUUCGUCGUCUCUUUCUACUAUGGCACCAUCACCUGGUACAACAUCUUCCUCGUGUACAAUGAGGAGAGGACCUUUUGGCACAAGAUCUCCUGCUGUCCCUGCCUCAUCCUCUUCUAUCCAGUGCUCAUCAUGGCCAUGGCCUCUUCUCUGGGCCUCUACGCUGCGGUGGUCCAGCUCUCGUGGUCCUGGGGGGCCUGGUGGCAAGCGGCCCGGGACAUGGAGAAAGGCUUCUGUGGCUGGCUGUGUAGCAAGCUGGGGCUGGAGGAUUGUUCUCCUUACAGCAUUGUCGAGCUCCUGGAGUCUGAUACUAUUUCGGGCAAUCUCUCCAACAAAGACCCCAGCCAGGAGGUCGAAACAUCCACCGUCUGAGCUCCUGGCCACCUAUUAACCUCCUUCUCUUGUUCUAGUAGCUUCAGUGUUCUCUCUGAAUUCCAGAAGACUCUUCACGUCUCUCUCCCUCUUCCCCUUGCCCCAAACACGCACAACGUUCUUCUAGAAAAUUCUAGCACACUGAUCUGUCCCAUUGCCAUCUUGGUGAUUUUAGGAAAUUUAUGCUGAGGCAUUGUGCCCAAGGGACAAACUCUUCUUCAUUUCCUGUCCUAUGAUGGAUAUCUGGGCUGGAUCAAUAGCACAGCGGGUAGGGCGUUUGCCUUGCAUGUGGCCGACCUGGGUUCAAUUCUUCCGUCCCUCUCGGAGAUCCCGGCAAGGUACCGAGAGUAUCCCACCCGCACAGCAGAGCCUGGCGAGCUCCCCGUGGAGUAUUCGAUAUGCCAAAAACAGUAACAACAAGUCUCACAAUGGAGACGUUACUGGUGCCCACUCGAGCAAAUCGAUGAACAACGGGAGGACAGUGCUACAGUGCGACAGAUGAAUAUCUAGGACAGGGAGAUAAGCAAAGCAAAGUGUCAGUACAGGAUCUGGAAGGUGUUGCUGGUGCCUGGAACCAUAUGUGACUAAAUAUGACAGGGAGAAAAAGGAAGCUCUGGGGUGACCAAGUUUACAAAUAAGAUGAUAAGUAAAGAAGGGAUAGAAAAUUUAGGAAGCAGGGUUACCGCAGUAUAGCAGAAUGUGAAGUUAAUGUGUUUAUUUAGAUUUUGAUUUAGCUGUCUCCAAUAGAGUCGGGAAAAUGUCAGUGGGUUAGACCAGAAAGAAACCUCCAGAGAUGUGUAGAGAUAGAUCUUCAGGGGAGUGGCCUUAGGGUGUCAGUCUUCUCUUCUUCCCUCCUGGAGAUGUGACUUCAUCCUCCCCUCGGUUCCAGGGCUGACUUCAUGUUUCUGGCAGAAGCAAGGAAGGGACCAAGAUAAGCACAUCUCCCCCACUUAAGAAAAUUUCCUAGCACAUGUUACACCCAAUCAACACCUCUCUUACCUCAUUAGCCAGCCUUAAUCAACAUAACUUCACAAGAUGUUGGCAAAGGCAGUCUUAUGCCUGGAUGGCUGUGUUUUGGGGUAAAUGUUGGGGUAAUGUUCAUUUAAGAGAAAAGGAAAGAAUGACUCUAUUGGCAGGUAAGUAAGCAUCACUGCCCCACAGUAAUCAUCUAAAUACAUUCAGAUCCCGAACCACGAACACAAGCUAUUUAUUUAUUUAUUUAUUUAAGCCAGAGAGAAUUUAUAUAGAGCUGCAUCUGCAUAUUUUAGGCGUCUGCUAUACAUAGCUUUUUAACAACUCAUGUACUUUGCAAUUAAGUGUCUGUAAUGUCACGUGCUUUUUCGUUUUUUUGUAGACCCCAAACAGUUGAAUAUGACUCUUUAGUAAUAGCAUUAACUUUCUUCCUGGUAGAAAAGGUGGGACUGGGUAGCUAUGUAGUCUAGCCUAGAGAUAGAAUAUGAAAAAGGAGAGAUUACAUCUUUCAAAAUCAAUCCCCCCCCACACACACACACCCUACGCACACCAGGAAUAUUCAGUUGUCUUGAACACACAAAAAACACAGAUUUCUGUUGGGCAAACCCUCAUGCGGAUCUUUCUGGCCAUUUUACAAACUCCAUCUUCACUGAGCUGGGGUGCUUGUGUUUUCCUAGCCACUAGGGGGGUUAUAUACCAGAUAACUUCUGGUUCAUCAAUGCUGAACUUUUAAAAAAAUAUGAACUUUAAAAAAAAAUUUUAAAAAAACCUGAUGGGUAUUUUUCAAAUCUAAAAAAUAACAAUUAAGAAUCCUAAGGCGUCAAGUAGAUUUUGGAAUUUUUAUUUCUUACAAGAAUAGCCAGUGCCCGUUUCCCUCCCCGUUGGGGGAGGGGGGUGGAAGGGUGGCAUCCCAAUGGUGCUCAGGAAGCCUGGGGUUCACGCCUGGUGAUUUUCUGCCAACUGGACCUACUGGAUCAAUGCUGGGGCCCCAGAAUGCAUUGCUGCUUGGGCCCUGUGGUGCUCAGAGGUCCUCAGGUUCAAACCUAAUAAUGCUCGGGGGGCCAUACGGUACCAGGGAUCAGACUGGGGCUCUCCACAAACAACACAUGAGCCCUAGCCACUUGACUCUCUCCCCCCGGCCCCCAGUGCCCAUUUCUUGCUUAUAUUUCAGAAAGAAACUGUCAAGAGACCUGCUCAUCCAACAGAGGGUGGGCCAUGCUCUCCCACAGGAAGCCGGGACAUCUCCAUAGAGUGUGGUGCUCAUCCCCACUUUCAGAGGAAUUCUUUCUCUCUCUCUUUUUUUUUUUCCUUUAAGAAUGGUUAUUAAUUUGACCAAAACAAAACUUGGCAUUUUAAAGGUAACCUUGGUGCUCUCUGGUGCUUUACAGAGAUAAGAACAACUAAAAAUGAAGGAAAAGAAAAUAAAAAUAAAAGCUAAUAAACAUUUGCGGAUGUCGUC